AUGAGCGACGAAGACUCCAUGGGAUCCGUCUUCUCCGACGACGGCAGCUCCGACUUCAUGCCCGAAGAAGCCCCCAAGCCAAAGAAGGCCGCGAAGAAGGCAUCUCCGAAGAAGGCUCCUGUGAAGCGAGCCCCUGCGAAGAAAGCAGCGGCUAAGCCUAAGAAGAAGGCCAAGGCUGACAGCGAAGACGAAAUGUCGGAUCACGAUGAUCCUCUUGACGAGGACUCCGCAGCGCUCUCGCACACUCCCCCAAUGAAAGCCCCGGCGGCUAAGGCGAAGCAAGGCGGCUCUAAACCGCUCGCGAACAUUGAUAACGAAGCUACCCCAUCAGGAAAAUCAGGCAAGAUCCUUAAGAGUCGGGGUGAGAAAUACGAACAGAAAGAACUUCGACAGCAGAUUUAUGACCGUCCAGACACCUGGGCCGGCUCGGAACAUCCUACGACACAGGAGAUGUGGGUGUACAAUACAGAAAGAGACGAAAUGGAGUUUCGCGAAGUCACUCACAUCCCUGUUGUUUACAAAAUGCUCGAUGAAAUCCUGGUAAACGCCGCCGACCACAGGCAAAACGACGACUCCAUGAACGAAAUGCGAGUGACCUACGAUCGGGAGACCGGUGAAAUGAGCGUCUGGAACAAUGGUAAAGGUAUUCCGGUGGAAAUCCACCCUGUGCAGAAAAUUUGGGUCCCCGAGAUGAUUUUCGGCCACCUGUUGACAUCCUCCAACUACGAUGAUAACGAGGAUAAAACCACGGGUGGUCGUAAUGGAUUUGGUGCCAAAAUUUGUAACAUCUUUUCCACCAAGUUUAUUGUCGAAACCGUGGACCCGGACGAGGGGAAACGGUACACGCAAGUAUGGGAAAAUAAUAUGCAGGUAGUGCAUCCGCCCAAGGUUGUCGCUGCAAAGGGUCCCGGCUACACCAAAGUUACCUGGCAGACCGACUGGGCUAGGUUCCAACUGGAUGGUAUGGAUGACGAUUUCGAAGCUCUUUUCAAGCGGCGAGUUUACGAUAUGGCUGCUACCGCCGACGUGGCCGUCAAGUUGAACGGAGUUCGAGUGCCUUGCCGAGACUUCAAAAAGUACAUUGCAUUGUACACGAAAGCCGUUCACCGAGAGCGCGGUGGUGGCGACAACAAAGCCGACAACAUCAUCACCUGCACUCCUCAUCCUCGGUGGGAGAUAGGCUUUGCCGUGUCCGACGGUACGUACAGGCAUGUAUCGUUCGUCAACGCCAUCGCCACAUCCGGCGGAGGCACCCACGUCAACUUGAUCGCGGACCAGAUUGCCAACAAACUGUCCGAAAAUCUCAAAAAGAACAAGAAAGGGACAGGCGCACUCAUGAAGACAGCUCAGAUCCGGAAUCACUUCUUCCUUUUUGUCAACUGCAGGAUCGUCAACCCGUCGUUCACUUCACAAACAAAGGAGGUGCUGGGAUCCAAACCGAACUCGUUCAAAAGCAAGCCGGUUCUUGACGAUGCUUUUUUCAAGAAAGUGCUCAACACUGGUAUUCUGGACAACCUCAAGAAGUUUGCAGAUCAAAAGGCAGACCAGAUUCUUAAGAAGUCUGACGGCGGCCGGCGAACUCGCAUGAACAACCCGAAAUUAACUGACGCCAAUAAGGCAGGUACCAAGGAUGGCUACAAGUGUACCCUCAUCUUGACGGAAGGAGAGUCUGCCAAGGGUCUUGCUAUGGCUGGCCGUGGCGUGGUCGGUGCAGAUCUCUUCGGUGUAUACCCGCUUCGUGGAAAGUUGCUCAACGUGCGUGACGCCUCGUGGAAACAGAUUUCCGAGAACGAAGAAAUCCAGGGCAUCAAGAGCUUCAUGGGCUUGCAGCACAAGAAAGAAUACACCGAUACUAAAGGCCUCCGCUACGGCCAUUUGAUGAUCAUGACGGAUCAGGAUCACGAUGGCAGUCACAUCAAGGGCUUGCUCAUCAACUUUCUCGAAGCUACAUUCCCUAGUUUGCUCCGAAUUCCCGAGUUCUUGAUUGAGUUCAUCACGCCCAUCGUCAAGGUCUGGAAAGGCGACAUCAAGAAACCGCGAGAACAGCACUCCUUCUUCACGCUACAAGAGUACCAUGCGUGGAAGGAAGAGCACGCCAGUGAGCGUGGAUGGGAGCACAAGUACUACAAGGGUUUGGGUACCAGCAGCACCGAGGAGGCUCAGGAGUACUUCCGUGAUCUCGAUCGACAUUUGAAGGAGUUCCAUACCAUGCGAGACCAUGAAGCCGAAAUGCUUGACCUUGUCUUCUCCAAGAAGAAAGCUGAGCAGCGCAAAGACUGGCUUCGUACAUUCAAGCCAGGCACCUUCAUGGAUCACUCGGUGGACAAGAUCCAUUUCGACAAAUUCAUUAACAAUGAGCUCAUCCAGUUCAGUAUCGCCGAUUGCAUGCGGUCUAUCCCCUCUGUUGUUGAUGGUAUGAAACCUGGUCAGCGAAAGGUCAUGUACACGGUUAUCAAGCGCAACAUCAAGAAGGAAGUCAAGGUGCUUGACCUUACUGGUCAAGUCUUCAGUUUGGCUGCGUACCAUCACGGUGAUGCCUCGAUGCAUCAGACUAUCAUUGGUCUGGCGCAAGACUUUGUCGGUUCCAACAACCUGAAUACCCUCGAACCCAGCGGUAACUUCGGUACUCGUCUGAAGGGUGGUGCCGAUGCCUCUAGCGCCCGUUACAUCCAUACUCGACUUUCCCCUUUCGCCCGCAAAGUCUAUCACGAACAUGACGACGCCAUUCUCACGUACCUGGAAGAUGAUGGAAAGUCGGUGGAACCCGAAUACUAUGUUCCCGUUGUCCCCAUGAUUCUCGUCAACGGUGCCGACGGUAUCGGCACCGGUUGGAGUACCUCAAUUCCCAACUACAAUCCAGAGGACAUCGUCGACAACUUGAAGCGGAUGCUCAAGGGUGAGGAGAUCAAGACGAUGCAGCCGUGGUUCAAGGGUUUCAAAGGUGAAGUCACUCAGAUUGGCCCGGACAAGUACAAAUUCAGCGGUCGCAUCAACCAAAUCUCCGACAAGGAGGUGGAAGUCACGGAACUUCCAGUCCGGACAUGGACUCAGGAUUUCAUCAAUAAGCUUGAGGACAUGAUCAAGGCCGAGAAGGCGCCUUCUCUCAUCAAGGAUUAUAAGGAUUACAACACCAACUCCGACAUCCAUAUGGUCCUUCAGUUGGAUGAGAAGAACGUCAAGGAACCUCUAACCCAGGAGUUCCUGGAGGACAAGUUCAAGCUCACCAGAACGGUCAAUACUACAAACUUGGUUGCCUUCGAUCCGGAGGGUCGUAUCACUAAGUACAACAGCGUCGAGGAUAUUCUGCGAGAGUUUUACAACCUUCGCCUCAAGUUCUAUGCGGAACGUAAACGCUACCAACUUAAGCAACUCCAGAUCCAACUUGAGAAGUUGACCAACCAGGCAAGAUUUGUGCAGAUGAUCAUCGAUGGUGAAUUGAUUGUCUCCAAGAAGAAGAAGACCGUCCUCGUCCAAGAGUUGAGGGACAAGGGCUUCAAGUCCUUCCCCAAGGUCGCGGACGCCGCCAAGGCCGGUGAAACCGAAAAGGUCGUUGAAGCAUCCGACGACGAAGGCACCGAGACCCCGCAAGAUCACGGCUAUGACUAUCUUUUGGGAAUGGCCAUCUGGUCCUUGACUCAGGAGCGAGUGGAAAGACUGCUCAAACAGAUUGGAGACAAGGAGCAAGAGAUUGACGCGUUGAUCAAGUUGUCAAAGGAAGACAUCUGGCUACGCGACCUUGACGACUUCAUCGAGGAGUGGCGAAAGCAGCUCGCCGAAGCAGAGGACCGCCGCACUGGCCAAAAGAAGAAGGGCCGCCGCGUCUCUACGAAGCUCGCUACAGUGGGCCGUGCCGUUGGCGGGAAGAAGCGCAAAGCGGCCGACGACGACUCGGAUGACGACUUUGUCGUUUCCAAGCCCAAGAAGAAGGCCGCGCCGAAGAAAGCCGAGACAGAAGGUGGACUGGCGAGCUUCUUCAAGAAAGCACCAAAACCCGCACCGGCCGCCAAAGUCUCAGAUAGCGAUUCAGAUUUCGAUUUUGGUAUUGAAGAAGUUAUGCCGAAGAAGAGCAGAGGUCCCUCUAAAGUCUCUCCAGUGCCCAAGGACGAGGAUGGUGAUGUAAAUAUGGAUGCCUCCGAAGCUGAAGUCGCCCCCAAAAAGAGUCGCGCCGCUCCCAAGGCGGCAGCGAAGCCGAAGAAGGAAGAAGAUGACGAUGACGAUGACAAGCCCAAGACAAAGCCAGCGGCGAAGAAGGGUCGAACCGCAGCGACAGCCAAACCGAAACCCAAGGACGAUGAUAGCGACGCUCUUGAUGACGACGAGUUCAUGGAGAUCGCCAAAGCCGAAGCCGCCAAGCCCGCGCCAGCCAGCCGUGCUGGCCGCAAGACUGCGCCCAAGAAGUACACAUUGGAUGACUCCGACAGCGACAAUGGCGACGACUUGCUUGGUGAUGUGAGCCAGAUGGUCAAGGGUAUCGGUGGUGCGACCGGUGGAUCUGCCUCAGACUCGCGACAGCUCUUCUCUGAACUCUCGCGACCUGGUAGUAGCACCGACCUGCCUACCAACACAAAGACGUCCAAGUUUGACAACGACUUUGACGCGGACGAAACUGACUACAGCAAGCUCAUCCCCCAGAACUCCCCGCGCCGCUCCCUUCAGGUCAAGCCCAAGGACGCAAAGAUGUCUGAAACCAUUGACUUGGACGACGACGACGAGGACGACGAGCCCAUCAAACCCGUCAAGGCCAAGGCAGCCCCGAAGACCAAAGCCGCGGCCGCUCCAAAGCCAGCCGCUGGUAAAGGUCGCGGUCGCCCGAAGAAGGACGCUACUACCGCCGCCUCCUCCUCUUCCUCUCUUAAACAGACAACCCUUUCUCCUGCUGCCAAGGCCUACGCCUCCAAGCAAGCGAAGGCUGCUUCCACUGCCUCCACCGCUGCCAACAAGAAGAAGACGAUCCUGGAGGAUUCCGAGGAUGAUAUGGAUGCGAUGCCCAAGCAAGCGAAGACUGCUUCUACCGCUGCUAAGAAGAAGAAGACAAUCAUGGAUGACUCGGAUGAUGAUAUCGAUGCGAUGGCCAACGACAUCCUUGACUCCCCGGCUGGCAUUCGAGACGAGGCUCCUGUUGCUUCCCGCAGCACGGCUAGCCGACCGUCGCGACGCACAACCGCCAAGAAGACCUACGUGAUUGAGGAUGAUGAUAGCGAGGAUGGAGCGGGCGGCCAAGACGAUUCGUUCGAUUUGUCGGAUUAG